AUGCCUACUGCAGUAAUGUGGACACAACACAAGAAGCACAAUAGAGGUGCACCACCUCCAAAGCCUACUGCCAAAGGGGUAACACAGGGAAAUGUCACACCCCACAAGCCUCAUCUUUUAGAAAGACAAGGCUCCCAGACACACUUGAGAGUAUUUCACAUCCCAAACCUGAAAGAACUACAAUUGCAUCAAGAUCGUAGAAUUGAUGCUACUAGCAAGACAUAUCAUGGUACUUGGGGUUACGUUCACUUUGUGAACCCCGAGCUCCUGACCGGGCUUGAUCCAAGCCUCUGUACUCUUCCUGUGCUUCAGAAAAUUCUCAAGGAUGACUGUGAACGACCAGUUGAUUCGGGUGAAUUACUUCGUAGUAAAGCCCAAGAAGUACAAGGACAUGAAAAUCUUGAAUCUUGCUGUUAUUGA